AUGCAUCACCCACCUGGGCAGAGACCAGUGCAUGCUGCCAGGCGCCAAUCGGCCAGGAAGAGGAGUCCUGCUCUCGCCAGGAACGAGAGCUGCCCGGCCGGCAGGACCUAUCACCUGCCAGCCUUGUUGAUUAUCCUGCUCGUCCUCAUCCAGAACUUCGAGCUGCACAUGUGCCGGCAAUUAAUGAGGUACCCGGGCGACAAACAAUCCCCGGACAAGGUGCUCACCAUGGGCGGCAGUGCAGCCGGAGAGGUGACAUCGCCGGAGGCGGAGGACAAGCGGGCGGGCGGAAGGUCGGCUCCCAGCCAGCCGGAGGAGAUUUUCUCAGCCCCCGCCGACGAGGGCUACGACGAGUAUCCGAUGGUGGUUCCAAAACGAGCUGCCCUACUUUUGGAUCGGCUAAUGGUCGCUUUGCAUCAUGCCCUCGAACAAGAACGAAGUGAGCAGAGAAUUGGAGAUUUUUUCGGGGACAAAAACAUUCUCAAUGGCAAGUUGGGCGAAUUCCACAAUGGAUUGGAGCCCCAUCAAGUGAGGGAGGAUGGGAUGUACAGCGAUGAUGAUUCGGGAACAAUGUUGGAUUAUGAUUUCAAAGACUUGAAUCAGAUCAAUCGCGCCACUGGCGAAACAAGAAGAGCGGGCGCAGAUCGAUCUGGAACGUCCACGCAAUCCGGUUCCCCAUCUGGUCCCCGGCGAAUCCCACCAUCCGGAUCCGGCGGUGGCCGAGCGUACUGGCGUUGCUAUUUCAAUGCCGUCAGCUGCUUCUGA